UGAGGAACCCUUUCAAUCAAGCAACUAUGAUGUGGUUCACUACAGUAGCGUUCCUCUUAUGCCUUUUAGGAGCAGUGUCGUCACAAUCAGUUGCAGUUACAGCCGUUCCCUCAGUCUUCAGCAAUCCAAAUUUGGCCAGCGGCUUCCUUCAGUGUCUCACAUUUGGAAUCGGAAAUUCUCCCGCAUUUCCUACUCAAGAACAACAAGACUUGGAUGCCCUUGCCCAGGUGAUACUCAAUGCCGUUUCAAGCAACACUGGCGCCACAGCAUCGGCCAGAGCCCAGGCUUUAAGUACAGCACUUGCAUCUUCUCUGACAGAUCUGCUCAUUGCAGAGUCGGCAAAAAGCAAUUACAGCAAUCAGCUGUCUGAACUAACAGGAAUCCUCUCCGACUGUUUUAUCCAAACUACUGGAUCGGACAAUCCAGCAUUUGUGUCCAGAAUUCAAUCUCUCAUUUCAGUGCUUUCCCAGAAUGCAGAUGUAAAUAUAAUUUCCUCAGCAGGGAUACCUUCAGUGUCAGGAAGAAGUGGAGCUAGUGGAGGAUUCUCUAACGCCGCAAGCCAGUCCGCAAGCAGCGCUGCCUCGCAAGCAAGUGCCUCUUCAUUCGCACAAGCAUCCUCUGCUUCCCUUGCAGCCUCAAGUUCUUUCUCCAGUGCCUUCUCUUCGGCCAAUUCCCUCUCAGCUCUCGGCAACGUUGCUUAUCAAUUAGGCUUCAACGUAGCUAACACUCUCGGUAUCGGCAACGCUCCAGGCCUCGGUGCUGCCUUAUCUCAAGCUGUCUCUUCAGUCGGCGUUGGAGCCAGUUCCAGCACGUACGCUAAUGUCGUUUCCAAUGCAGUUGGACAAUUCUUAGCCGGUCAGGGCGUUUUGAACGCGGCCAAUGCAGGUUCCCUUGCCUCCUCCUUUGCCAGUGCUCUCUCAGCAUCCGCAGCAUCCGUCGCAUCCUCUGCAGCUGCGCAAUCAGCAUCCCAGAGUCAAGCAGCGGCCUCGGCAUUCAGUCGAGCGGCGUCGCAGAGCGCCAGCCAGAGUGCUGCCCGAUCAGGUGCACAGAGCUCUUCCACCACCACCACCACAUCCGCCUCCGGAAGUCAAGCCGCAAGCCAGUCCGCAAGCAGCGCUGCCUCGCAAGCAAGUGCCUCUUCAUUCGCACAAGCAUCCUCUGCUUCCCUUGCAGCCUCAAGUUCUUUCUCCAGUGCCUUCUCUUCGGCCAAUUCCCUCUCAGCUCUCGGCAACGUUGCUUAUCAAUUAGGCUUCAACGUAGCUAACACUCUCGGUAUCGGCAACGCUCCAGGCCUCGGUGCUGCCUUAUCUCAAGCUGUCUCUUCAGUCGGCGUUGGAGCCAGUUCCAGCACGUACGCUAAUGUCGUUUCCAAUGCAGUUGGACAAUUCUUAGCCGGUCAGGGCGUUUUGAACGCGGCCAAUGCAGGUUCCCUUGCCUCCUCCUUUGCCAGUGCUCUCUCAGCAUCCGCAGCAUCCGUCGCAUCCUCUGCAGCUGCGCAAUCAGCAUCCCAGAGUCAAGCAGCGGCCUCGGCAUUCAGUCGAGCGGCGUCGCAGAGCGCCAGCCAGAGUGCUGCCCGAUCAGGUGCACAGAGCUCUUCCACCACCACCACCACAUCCGCCUCCGGAAGUCAAGCCGCAAGCCAGUCCGCAAGCAGCGCUGCCUCGCAAGCAAGUGCCUCUUCAUUCGCACAAGCAUCCUCUGCUUCCCUUGCAGCCUCAAGUUCUUUCUCCAGUGCCUUCUCUUCGGCCAAUUCCCUCUCAGCUCUCGGCAACGUUGCUUAUCAAUUAGGCUUCAACGUAGCUAACACUCUCGGUAUCGGCAACGCUCCAGGCCUCGGUGCUGCCUUAUCUCAAGCUGUCUCUUCAGUCGGCGUUGGAGCCAGUUCCAGCACGUACGCUAAUGUCGUUUCCAAUGCAGUUGGACAAUUCUUAGCCGGUCAGGGCGUUUUGAACGCGGCCAAUGCAGGUUCCCUUGCCUCCUCCUUUGCCAGUGCUCUCUCAGCAUCCGCAGCAUCCGUCGCAUCCUCUGCAGCUGCGCAAUCAGCAUCCCAGAGUCAAGCAGCGGCCUCGGCAUUCAGUCGAGCGGCGUCGCAGAGCGCCAGCCAGAGUGCUGCCCGAUCAGGUGCACAGAGCUCUUCCACCACCACCACCACAUCCGCCUCCGGAAGUCAAGCCGCAAGCCAGUCCGCAAGCAGCGCUGCCUCGCAAGCAAGUGCCUCUUCAUUCGCACAAGCAUCCUCUGCUUCCCUUGCAGCCUCAAGUUCUUUCUCCAGUGCCUUCUCUUCGGCCAAUUCCCUCUCAGCUCUCGGCAACGUUGCUUAUCAAUUAGGCUUCAACGUAGCUAACACUCUCGGUAUCGGCAACGCUCCAGGCCUCGGUGCUGCCUUAUCUCAAGCUGUCUCUUCAGUCGGCGUUGGAGCCAGUUCCAGCACGUACGCUAAUGUCGUUUCCAAUGCAGUUGGACAAUUCUUAGCCGGUCAGGGCGUUUUGAACGCGGCCAAUGCAGGUUCCCUUGCCUCCUCCUUUGCCAGUGCUCUCUCAGCAUCCGCAGCAUCCGUCGCAUCCUCUGCAGCUGCGCAAUCAGCAUCCCAGAGUCAAGCAGCGGCCUCGGCAUUCAGUCGAGCGGCGUCGCAGAGCGCCAGCCAGAGUGCUGCCCGAUCAGGUGCACAGAGCUCUUCCACCACCACCACCACAUCCGCCUCCGGAAGUCAAGCCGCAAGCCAGUCCGCAAGCAGCGCUGCCUCGCAAGCAAGUGCCUCUUCAUUCGCACAAGCAUCCUCUGCUUCCCUUGCAGCCUCAAGUUCUUUCUCCAGUGCCUUCUCUUCGGCCAAUUCCCUCUCAGCUCUCGGCAACGUUGCUUAUCAAUUAGGCUUCAACGUAGCUAACACUCUCGGUAUCGGCAACGCUCCAGGCCUCGGUGCUGCCUUAUCUCAAGCUGUCUCUUCAGUCGGCGUUGGAGCCAGUUCCAGCACGUACGCUAAUGUCGUUUCCAAUGCAGUUGGACAAUUCUUAGCCGGUCAGGGCGUUUUGAACGCGGCCAAUGCAGGUUCCCUUGCCUCCUCCUUUGCCAGUGCUCUCUCAGCAUCCGCAGCAUCCGUCGCAUCCUCUGCAGCUGCGCAAUCAGCAUCCCAGAGUCAAGCAGCGGCCUCGGCAUUCAGUCGAGCGGCGUCGCAGAGCGCCAGCCAGAGUGCUGCCCGAUCAGGGGCACAGAGCUCUUCCACCACCACCACCACAUCCGCCUCCGGAAGUCAAGCCGCAAGCCAGUCCGCAAGCAGCGCUGCCUCGCAAGCAAGUGCCUCUUCAUUCGCACAAGCAUCCUCUGCUUCCCUUGCAGCCUCAAGUUCUUUCUCCAGUGCCUUCUCUUCGGCCAAUUCCCUCUCAGCUCUCGGCAACGUUGCUUAUCAAUUAGGCUUCAACGUAGCUAACACUCUCGGUAUCGGCAACGCUCCAGGCCUCGGUGCUGCCUUAUCUCAAGCUGUCUCUUCAGUCGGCGUUGGAGCCAGUUCCAGCACGUACGCUAAUGUCGUUUCCAAUGCAGUUGGACAAUUCUUAGCCGGUCAGGGCGUUUUGAACGCGGCCAAUGCAGGUUCCCUUGCCUCCUCCUUUGCCAGUGCUCUCUCAGCAUCCGCAGCAUCCGUCGCAUCCUCUGCAGCUGCGCAAUCAGCAUCCCAGAGUCAAGCAGCGGCCUCGGCAUUCAGUCGAGCGGCGUCGCAGAGCGCCAGCCAGAGUGCUGCCCGAUCAGGUGCACAGAGCUCUUCCACCACCACCACCACAUCCGCCUCCGGAAGUCAAGCCGCAAGCCAGUCCGCAAGCAGCGCUGCCUCGCAAGCAAGUGCCUCUUCAUUCGCACAAGCAUCCUCUGCUUCCCUUGCAGCCUCAAGUUCUUUCUCCAGUGCCUUCUCUUCGGCCAAUUCCCUCUCAGCUCUCGGCAACGUUGCUUAUCAAUUAGGCUUCAACGUAGCUAACACUCUCGGUAUCGGCAACGCUCCAGGCCUCGGUGCUGCCUUAUCUCAAGCUGUCUCUUCAGUCGGCGUUGGAGCCAGUUCCAGCACGUACGCUAAUGUCGUUUCCAAUGCAGUUGGACAAUUCUUAGCCGGUCAGGGCGUUUUGAACGCGGCCAAUGCAGGUUCCCUUGCCUCCUCCUUUGCCAGUGCUCUCUCAGCAUCCGCAGCAUCCGUCGCAUCCUCUGCAGCUGCGCAAUCAGCAUCCCAGAGUCAAGCAGCGGCCUCGGCAUUCAGUCGAGCGGCGUCGCAGAGCGCCAGCCAGAGUGCUGCCCGAUCAGGUGCACAGAGCUCUUCCACCACCACCACCACAUCCGCCUCCGGAAGUCAAGCCGCAAGCCAGUCCGCAAGCAGCGCUGCCUCGCAAGCAAGUGCCUCUUCAUUCGCACAAGCAUCCUCUGCUUCCCUUGCAGCCUCAAGUUCUUUCUCCAGUGCCUUCUCUUCGGCCAAUUCCCUCUCAGCUCUCGGCAACGUUGCUUAUCAAUUAGGCUUCAACGUAGCUAACACUCUCGGUAUCGGCAACGCUCCAGGCCUCGGUGCUGCCUUAUCUCAAGCUGUCUCUUCAGUCGGCGUUGGAGCCAGUUCCAGCACGUACGCUAAUGUCGUUUCCAAUGCAGUUGGACAAUUCUUAGCCGGUCAGGGCGUUUUGAACGCGGCCAAUGCAGGUUCCCUUGCCUCCUCCUUUGCCAGUGCUCUCUCAGCAUCCGCAGCAUCCGUCGCAUCCUCUGCAGCUGCGCAAUCAGCAUCCCAGAGUCAAGCAGCGGCCUCGGCAUUCAGUCGAGCGGCGUCGCAGAGCGCCAGCCAGAGUGCUGCCCGAUCAGGGGCACAGAGCUCUUCCACCACCACCACCACAUCCGCCUCCGGAAGUCAAGCCGCAAGCCAGUCCGCAAGCAGCGCUGCCUCGCAAGCAAGUGCCUCUUCAUUCGCACAAGCAUCCUCUGCUUCCCUUGCAGCCUCAAGUUCUUUCUCCAGUGCCUUCUCUUCGGCCAAUUCCCUCUCAGCUCUCGGCAACGUUGCUUAUCAAUUAGGCUUCAACGUAGCUAACACUCUCGGUAUCGGCAACGCUCCAGGCCUCGGUGCUGCCUUAUCUCAAGCUGUCUCUUCAGUCGGCGUUGGAGCCAGUUCCAGCACGUACGCUAAUGUCGUUUCCAAUGCAGUUGGACAAUUCUUAGCCGGUCAGGGCGUUUUGAACGCGGCCAAUGCAGGUUCCCUUGCCUCCUCCUUUGCCAGUGCUCUCUCAGCAUCCGCAGCAUCCGUCGCAUCCUCUGCAGCUGCGCAAUCAGCAUCCCAGAGUCAAGCAGCGGCCUCGGCAUUCAGUCGAGCGGCGUCGCAGAGCGCCAGCCAGAGUGCUGCCCGAUCAGGUGCACAGAGCUCUUCCACCACCACCACCACAUCCGCCUCCGGAAGUCAAGCCGCAAGCCAGUCCGCAAGCAGCGCUGCCUCGCAAGCAAGUGCCUCUUCAUUCGCACAAGCAUCCUCUGCUUCCCUUGCAGCCUCAAGUUCUUUCUCCAGUGCCUUCUCUUCGGCCAAUUCCCUCUCAGCUCUCGGCAACGUUGCUUAUCAAUUAGGCUUCAACGUAGCUAACACUCUCGGUAUCGGCAACGCUCCAGGCCUCGGUGCUGCCUUAUCUCAAGCUGUCUCUUCAGUCGGCGUUGGAGCCAGUUCCAGCACGUACGCUAAUGUCGUUUCCAAUGCAGUUGGACAAUUCUUAGCCGGUCAGGGCGUUUUGAACGCGGCCAAUGCAGGUUCCCUUGCCUCCUCCUUUGCCAGUGCUCUCUCAGCAUCCGCAGCAUCCGUCGCAUCCUCUGCAGCUGCGCAAUCAGCAUCCCAGAGUCAAGCAGCGGCCUCGGCAUUCAGUCGAGCGGCGUCGCAGAGCGCCAGCCAGAGUGCUGCCCGAUCAGGUGCACAGAGCUCUUCCACCACCACCACCACAUCCGCCUCCGGAAGUCAAGCCGCAAGCCAGUCCGCAAGCAGCGCUGCCUCGCAAGCAAGUGCCUCUUCAUUCGCACAAGCAUCCUCUGCUUCCCUUGCAGCCUCAAGUUCUUUCUCCAGUGCCUUCUCUUCGGCCAAUUCCCUCUCAGCUCUCGGCAACGUUGCUUAUCAAUUAGGCUUCAACGUAGCUAACACUCUCGGUAUCGGCAACGCUCCAGGCCUCGGUGCUGCCUUAUCUCAAGCUGUCUCUUCAGUCGGCGUUGGAGCCAGUUCCAGCACGUACGCUAAUGUCGUUUCCAAUGCAGUUGGACAAUUCUUAGCCGGUCAGGGCGUUUUGAACGCGGCCAAUGCAGGUUCCCUUGCCUCCUCCUUUGCCAGUGCUCUCUCAGCAUCCGCAGCAUCCGUCGCAUCCUCUGCAGCUGCGCAAUCAGCAUCCCAGAGUCAAGCAGCGGCCUCGGCAUUCAGUCGAGCGGCGUCGCAGAGCGCCAGCCAGAGUGCUGCCCGAUCAGGUGCACAGAGCUCUUCCACCACCACCACCACAUCCGCCUCCGGAAGUCAAGCCGCAAGCCAGUCCGCAAGCAGCGCUGCCUCGCAAGCAAGUGCCUCUUCAUUCGCACAAGCAUCCUCUGCUUCCCUUGCAGCCUCAAGUUCUUUCUCCAGUGCCUUCUCUUCGGCCAAUUCCCUCUCAGCUCUCGGCAACGUUGCUUAUCAAUUAGGCUUCAACGUAGCUAACACUCUCGGUAUCGGCAACGCUCCAGGCCUCGGUGCUGCCUUAUCUCAAGCUGUCUCUUCAGUCGGCGUUGGAGCCAGUUCCAGCACGUACGCUAAUGUCGUUUCCAAUGCAGUUGGACAAUUCUUAGCCGGCCAGGGCGUUUUGAACGCGGCCAAUGCAGGUUCCCUUGCCUCCUCCUUUGCCAGUGCUCUCUCAACAUCCGCAGCAUCCGUCGCAUCCUCUGCAGCUGCGCAAUCAGCAUCCCAGAGUCAAGCAGCGGCCUCGGCAUUCAGUCGAGCGGCGUCGCAGAGCGCCAGCCAGAGUGCUGCCCGAUCAGGGGCACAGAGCUCUUCCACCACCACCACCACAUCCGCCUCCGGAAGUCAAGCCGCAAGCCAGUCCGCAAGCAGCGCUGCCUCGCAAGCAAGUGCCUCUUCAUUCGCACAAGCAUCCUCUGCUUCCCUUGCAGCCUCAAGUUCUUUCUCCAGUGCCUUCUCUUCGGCCAAUUCCCUCUCAGCUCUCGGCAACGUUGCUUAUCAAUUAGGCUUCAACGUAGCUAACACUCUCGGUAUCGGCAACGCUCCAGGCCUCGGUGCUGCCUUAUCUCAAGCUGUCUCUUCAGUCGGCGUUGGAGCCAGUUCCAGCACGUACGCUAAUGUCGUUUCCAAUGCAGUUGGACAAUUCUUAGCCGGUCAGGGCGUUUUGAACGCGGCCAAUGCAGGUUCCCUUGCCUCCUCCUUUGCCAGUGCUCUCUCAGCAUCCGCAGCAUCCGUCGCAUCCUCUGCAGCUGCGCAAUCAGCAUCCCAGAGUCAAGCAGCGGCCUCGGCAUUCAGUCGAGCGGCGUCGCAGAGCGCCAGCCAGAGUGCUGCCCGAUCAGGUGCACAGAGCUCUUCCACCACCACCACCACAUCCGCCUCCGGAAGUCAAGCCGCAAGCCAGUCCGCAAGCAGCGCUGCCUCGCAAGCAAGUGCCUCUUCAUUCGCACAAGCAUCCUCUGCUUCCCUUGCAGCCUCAAGUUCUUUCUCCAGUGCCUUCUCUUCGGCCAAUUCCCUCUCAGCUCUCGGCAACGUUGCUUAUCAAUUAGGCUUCAACGUAGCUAACACUCUCGGUAUCGGCAACGCUCCAGGCCUCGGUGCUGCCUUAUCUCAAGCUGUCUCUUCAGUCGGCGUUGGAGCCAGUUCCAGCACGUACGCUAAUGUCGUUUCCAAUGCAGUUGGACAAUUCUUAGCCGGUCAGGGCGUUUUGAACGCGGCCAAUGCAGGUUCCCUUGCCUCCUCCUUUGCCAGUGCUCUCUCAGCAUCCGCAGCAUCCGUCGCAUCCUCUGCAGCUGCGCAAUCAGCAUCCCAGAGUCAAGCAGCGGCCUCGGCAUUCAGUCGAGCGGCGUCGCAGAGCGCCAGCCAGAGUGCUGCCCGAUCAGGUGCACAGAGCUCUUCCACCACCACCACCACAUCCGCCUCCGGAAGUCAAGCCGCAAGCCAGUCCGCAAGCAGCGCUGCCUCGCAAGCAAGUGCCUCUUCAUUCGCACAAGCAUCCUCUGCUUCCCUUGCAGCCUCAAGUUCUUUCUCCAGUGCCUUCUCUUCGGCCAAUUCCCUCUCAGCUCUCGGCAACGUUGCUUAUCAAUUAGGCUUCAACGUAGCUAACACUCUCGGUAUCGGCAACGCUCCAGGCCUCGGUGCUGCCUUAUCUCAAGCUGUCUCUUCAGUCGGCGUUGGAGCCAGUUCCAGCACGUACGCUAAUGUCGUUUCCAAUGCAGUUGGACAAUUCUUAGCCGGUCAGGGCGUUUUGAACGCGGCCAAUGCAGGUUCCCUUGCCUCCUCCUUUGCCAGUGCUCUCUCAGCAUCCGCAGCAUCCGUCGCAUCCUCUGCAGCUGCGCAAUCAGCAUCCCAGAGUCAAGCAGCGGCCUCGGCAUUCAGUCGAGCGGCGUCGCAGAGCGCCAGCCAGAGUGCUGCCCGAUCAGGGGCACAGAGCUCUUCCACCACCACCACCACAUCCGCCUCCGGAAGUCAAGCCGCAAGCCAGUCCGCAAGCAGCGCUGCCUCGCAAGCAAGUGCCUCUUCAUUCGCACAAGCAUCCUCUGCUUCCCUUGCAGCCUCAAGUUCUUUCUCCAGUGCCUUCUCUUCGGCCAAUUCCCUCUCAGCUCUCGGCAACGUUGCUUAUCAAUUAGGCUUCAACGUAGCUAACACUCUCGGUAUCGGCAACGCUCCAGGCCUCGGUGCUGCCUUAUCUCAAGCUGUCUCUUCAGUCGGCGUUGGAGCCAGUUCCAGCACGUACGCUAAUGUCGUUUCCAAUGCAGUUGGACAAUUCUUAGCCGGUCAGGGCGUUUUGAACGCGGCCAAUGCAGGUUCCCUUGCCUCCUCCUUUGCCAGUGCUCUCUCAGCAUCCGCAGCAUCCGUCGCAUCCUCUGCAGCUGCGCAAUCAGCAUCCCAGAGUCAAGCAGCGGCCUCGGCAUUCAGUCGAGCGGCGUCGCAGAGCGCCAGCCAGAGUGCUGCCCGAUCAGGUGCACAGAGCUCUUCCACCACCACCACCACAUCCGCCUCCGGAAGUCAAGCCGCAAGCCAGUCCGCAAGCAGCGCUGCCUCGCAAGCAAGUGCCUCUUCAUUCGCACAAGCAUCCUCUGCUUCCCUUGCAGCCUCAAGUUCUUUCUCCAGUGCCUUCUCUUCGGCCAAUUCCCUCUCAGCUCUCGGCAACGUUGCUUAUCAAUUAGGCUUCAACGUAGCUAACACUCUCGGUAUCGGCAACGCUCCAGGCCUCGGUGCUGCCUUAUCUCAAGCUGUCUCUUCAGUCGGCGUUGGAGCCAGUUCCAGCACGUACGCUAAUGUCGUUUCCAAUGCAGUUGGACAAUUCUUAGCCGGUCAGGGCGUUUUGAACGCGGCCAAUGCAGGUUCCCUUGCCUCCUCCUUUGCCAGUGCUCUCUCAGCAUCCGCAGCAUCCGUCGCAUCCUCUGCAGCUGCGCAAUCAGCAUCCCAGAGUCAAGCAGCGGCCUCGGCAUUCAGUCGAGCGGCGUCGCAGAGCGCCAGCCAGAGUGCUGCCCGAUCAGGUGCACAGAGCUCUUCCACCACCACCACCACAUCCGCCUCCGGAAGUCAAGCCGCAAGCCAGUCCGCAAGCAGCGCUGCCUCGCAAGCAAGUGCCUCUUCAUUCGCACAAGCAUCCUCUGCUUCCCUUGCAGCCUCAAGUUCUUUCUCCAGUGCCUUCUCUUCGGCCAAUUCCCUCUCAGCUCUCGGCAACGUUGCUUAUCAAUUAGGCUUCAACGUAGCUAACACUCUCGGUAUCGGCAACGCUCCAGGCCUCGGUGCUGCCUUAUCUCAAGCUGUCUCUUCAGUCGGCGUUGGAGCCAGUUCCAGCACGUACGCUAAUGUCGUUUCCAAUGCAGUUGGACAAUUCUUAGCCGGUCAGGGCGUUUUGAACGCGGCCAAUGCAGGUUCCCUUGCCUCCUCCUUUGCCAGUGCUCUCUCAGCAUCCGCAGCAUCCGUCGCAUCCUCUGCAGCUGCGCAAUCAGCAUCCCAGAGUCAAGCAGCGGCCUCGGCAUUCAGUCGAGCGGCGUCGCAGAGCGCCAGCCAGAGUGCUGCCCGAUCAGGGGCACAGAGCUCUUCCACCACCACCACCACAUCCGCCUCCGGAAGUCAAGCCGCAAGCCAGUCCGCAAGCAGCGCUGCCUCGCAAGCAAGUGCCUCUUCAUUCGCACAAGCAUCCUCUGCUUCCCUUGCAGCCUCAAGUUCUUUCUCCAGUGCCUUCUCUUCGGCCAAUUCCCUCUCAGCUCUCGGCAACGUUGCUUAUCAAUUAGGCUUCAACGUAGCUAACACUCUCGGUAUCGGCAACGCUCCAGGCCUCGGUGCUGCCUUAUCUCAAGCUGUCUCUUCAGUCGGCGUUGGAGCCAGUUCCAGCACGUACGCUAAUGUCGUUUCCAAUGCAGUUGGGCAAUUCUUAGCCGGUCAGGGCGUUUUGAACGCGGCCAAUGCAGGUUCCCUUGCCUCCUCCUUUGCCAGUGCUCUAUCAAAUUCCGCUCUUUCAAUUGGUAGUCGCGUCAGUUCUCCUUCUUAUGGCGCCUUUAGUCCUAUUGCAGCUGGUCCCAAUUCUAUUUCCACUGGCCUUAAUGUCGGUGGUGCUUCGGUCGGCGGGCCUUUUGCCACCCUUAGUCAAUCGUUGCCCACGAGCCUUCAAACUGCUUUAGCUCCUAUUGUUUCUUCUUCAGGCUUAGGCUCCUCUGCUGCCACUGCCAGGGUGAGUAGUUUAGCCAACUCCAUUGCUUCUGCGAUUUCUUCAUCUGGAGGUUCCCUCAGUGUUCCAACCUUCUUGAAUCUUCUCUCAUCCGUCGGGGCCCAAGUUAGUAGUAGCAGUUCUUUGAGUUCUUCCUCGGAAGUUACAACCCAAGUUUUACUUGAAGCUAUUGCGGCGCUCUUGCAAGUUAUCAACGGGGCUCAAAUAACUUCAGUUAAUUUUUCAAAUGUUUCGAAUGUAAACCGAGCACUUGUAGAUUCUCUUGUAGGUUCAUUUGCUUAAAUUUGAAAUAAAGUUUAUUGCUAA